GCGCUCCCGCUCUCCGCUCCGCUCCCCGCGCCGCCCCGCCCUCCGCCGCAGCCCGCGCCGGGGGUGGGGGCCGCCGAGCGCCAGCCCCCCGGCCGGCCGAUCCCCCCCCGCGCCCCCUCCCCGCGCCUCCCUCCCCGCCCUCGCCGCGCCGCCGUCCUCGCCUCCCUCUGCCUCUCCUUCCCCCAUUCUCCCGGAUUAAUUAAGGAGGCAGCGGCAGGAGGCUGAGUCCUGGCCGCGGGCCGGGGCCGGGGCGCCGCUGGCAGGAGCGCUUGGGGAUCCUCCAAGGCGACCAUGGCCUUGCUGGGCAAGCGCUGUGACGUCCCCACCAACGGCUGCGGACCCGACCGCUGGAACUCCGCCUUCACCCGCAAAGACGAGAUCAUCACCAGCCUCGUGUCUGCCUUAGACUCCAUGUGCUCAGCACUGUCCAAACUGAACGCCGAGGUGGCCUGUGUCGCCGUGCACGAUGAGAGCGCCUUUGUGGUAGGCACGGAGAAGGGGAGAAUGUUCCUGAAUGCCCGGAAGGAGCUACAGUCAGACUUCCUCAGGUUCUGCCGAGGGCCCCCGUGGAAGGAUCCAGAGGCAGAGCACCCCAAGAAGGUGCAGCGGGGCGAGGGCGGAGGCCGUAGCCUCCCUCGGUCCUCCCUGGAACAUGGCUCAGAUGUGUACCUUCUGCGGAAGAUGGUAGAGGAGGUGUUUGAUGUUCUUUAUAGCGAGGCCCUGGGAAGGGCCAGUGUGGUGCCACUGCCCUACGAGAGGCUGCUCAGGGAGCCAGGGCUGCUGGCCGUGCAGGGGCUGCCCGAGGGCCUGGCCUUCCGAAGGCCGGCCGAGUACGACCCCAAGGCCCUCAUGGCCAUCCUGGAACACAGCCACCGCAUCCGCUUCAAGCUCAAGAGGCCACUUGAGGAUGGCGGGCGGGACUCGAAGGCCCUGGUGGAGCUGAAUGGUGUCUCCCUGAUACCCAAGGGGUCACGGGACUGUGGCCUGCAUGGCCAGGCCCCCAAGGUGCCACCCCAGGACCUGCCCCCCACCGCCACCUCCUCCUCCAUGGCCAGCUUCCUGUACAGCACGGCGCUCCCGAACCACACCAUCCGAGAGCUCAAGCAGGAAGCACCUUCCUGCCCCCUUGCCCCCAGCGACCUGGGCCUGAGCCGGCCCAUGCCAGAGCCCAAGGCCACCGGUGCCCAAGACUUCUCCGACUGUUGUGGACAGAAGCCCACCGGGCCUGGUGGGCCUCUCAUCCAGAACGUCCAUGCCUCCAAGCGCAUUCUCUUCUCCAUCGUCCAUGACAAGUCAGAGAAGUGGGACGCCUUCAUAAAGGAAACCGAGGACAUCAACACGCUCCGGGAGUGUGUGCAGAUCCUGUUUAACAGCAGAUAUGCGGAAGCCCUGGGCCUGGACCACAUGGUCCCUGUGCCCUACCGGAAGAUUGCCUGUGACCCGGAGGCUGUGGAGAUCGUGGGCAUCCCGGACAAGAUCCCCUUCAAGCGCCCCUGCACUUACGGAGUCCCCAAGCUGAAGCGGAUCCUGGAGGAACGCCAUAGCAUCCACUUCAUCAUUAAGAGGAUGUUUGAUGAGCGAAUUUUCACAGGGAACAAGUUUACCAAAGACACCACGAAGCUGGAGCCAGCCAGCCCGCCAGAGGACACCUCUGCAGAGGUCUCUAGGGCCACCGUCCUUGACCUUGCUGGGAAUGCUCGGUCAGACAAGGGCAGCAUGUCUGAAGACUGCGGGCCAGGAACCUCCGGGGAGCUGGGCGGGCUGAGGCCGAUCAAAAUUGAGCCAGAGGAUCUGGACAUCAUUCAGGUCACCAUCCCAGACCCCUCGCCAACCUCUGAGGAAAUGACAGACUCGAUGCCUGGGCACCUGCCAUCAGAGGAUUCUGGUUAUGGAAUGGAGAUGCUGACAGACAAAGGCCUGAGUGAGGACCCGCGGCCCGAGGAGAGGCCCAUGGAGGACAGCCACGGUGACGUGAUCCGGCCCCUGCGGAAGCAGGUGGAGCUGCUCUUCAACACACGAUACGCCAAGGCCAUUGGCAUCUCGGAGCCCGUCAAGGUGCCGUACUCCAAGUUUCUGAUGCACCCGGAGGAGCUGUUUGUGGUGGGGCUGCCUGAAGGCAUCUCCCUCCGCAGGCCCAACUGCUUCGGGAUCGCCAAGCUCCGGAAGAUUCUGGAGGCCAGCAACAGCAUCCAGUUUGUCAUCAAGAGGCCCGAGCUGCUCACUGAGGGAGUCAAAGAGCCCAUCGUGGAUAGUCAAGAGAGGGAUUCCGGGGACCCUCUGGUGGACGAGAGCCUGAAGAGACAGGGCUUUCAAGAAAAUUAUGACGCGAGGCUCUCACGGAUCGACAUCGCCAACACACUAAGGGAGCAGGUCCAGGACCUUUUCAAUAAGAAAUACGGGGAAGCCUUGGGCAUCAAGUACCCGGUCCAGGUCCCCUACAAGCGGAUCAAGAGUAACCCCGGCUCCGUGAUCAUCGAGGGGCUGCCCCCAGGAAUCCCGUUCCGAAAGCCCUGCACCUUCGGCUCCCAGAACCUGGAGAGGAUUCUUGCUGUGGCCGACAAGAUCAAGUUCACAGUCACCAGGCCUUUCCAAGGACUCAUCCCAAAGCCUGAUGAAGAUGACGCCAACAGACUCGGGGAGAAGGUGAUCCUGCGGGAGCAGGUGAAGGAACUCUUCAACGAGAAAUACGGUGAGGCCCUGGGCCUGAACCGGCCGGUGCUGGUCCCUUAUAAACUAAUCCGGGAUAGCCCAGACGCCGUGGAGGUCACGGGUCUGCCUGAUGACAUCCCCUUCCGGAACCCCAACACAUACGACAUCCACCGGCUGGAGAAGAUCCUGAAGGCCCGAGAGCAUGUCCGCAUGGUCAUCAUUAACCAGCUCCAACCCUUUGCAGAAAUCUGCAAUGAUGCCAAGGUGCCAGCCAAAGACAGCAGCAUUCCCAAGCGCAAGAGAAAGCGGGUCUCAGAAGGAAAUUCCGUGUCCUCUUCCUCCUCGUCUUCCUCUUCCUCGUCCUCUAACCCGGAUUCAGUGGCAUCGGCCAACCAGAUCUCGCUCGUGGUAAAGUUGCACAGAUUUGGACUCCAGCACUCGUCUCUGUGGCCCUCACCCCUCCAUCGGGCAGGGCCGUCUACUCUGGGAUGUGGGCCCAGGGGAUGGGGAGGCACUGGGCUUUGAAGGGGGACCUUCCAGCCUCAGGAGUUAUAGAUGCAUCCACCUGUCUCACCCAAGAGGUAGCCCAUCCUUCUCAUGGGGUACUCACUCCCUCUCAAAAAAGAAAAAAAAAAAAGAAAUGUCACUGGCCAGGCACGGUGGCUCACACCUGUAAUCCCAGCACUUUGGGAGGCUAACAUGGGUGGAUUACCUGAGGUCAGGAGUUCGAGACCAGCCUGGCCAACAUGGUGAAACCCCGUCUCUACUAAAAAUACAAAAAUUAGCCGGGCGUGGUGGUGCAUGCCUGUAGUCCCAGCUACUAGGGAGGCUGAGGCAGGAGAAUCACUUGAACCUGGGAGGUGGAGGUUGCAGUGAGCCGAGAUCGUGCCAUUGCACUCCAGCCUGGGCAACAAGAGCGAAACUCCAUCUCAAAAUAAAUAAAUAAAUAAAUAAAUAAAAUGUUUUUAAAAAGGAAAGAAAAAAGGCCGGGCACAGUGGCUCACAUCUCUAAUCCCAGCACUUUGAGAGACCAAGGUGGGCAGAUCACCUGAGGUCAGGAGUUUGAGACCAGCCUGACCAACACGGAGAAACCCCUUCUCUACUAAAAAUACAAAAUUAGCCGGGCAUAGUGGCACAUGCCUGUAAUCCCAGCUACUCGGGAGGCUGAGGUAGGAGAAUCGCUUGAACCUGGGAGGCGGAGGUUGCAAUGAGCUGAGGUCACGCCAUUGCACUGCAGCCUGGGCGACAAGAGUGAAACUCUGUCUCAGAAAAAAAAAAAAAUAAUAAUAAUAAUAAUAAUUAGCCAGGCAUGGUGGCACUUGCCUGUGGUCGCAGCUACUUGGGAGGCUGGGGCAGGAGGAUCAUUUGAGCCCGAGGGGAUUGAGGCUGCAGUGAGCCAAGAUCAUGCCAUUGCACUCCAGCCUGGGCAAGAGAAUGAGACUCCAUCUCAAAAAUAAAUAAAUAGGCUGGGUGUGGUGGCUCACGCCUGUAAUCCUAGCACUUUGGGAGGCCGAGGCAGGCGGAUCACUUGAGGUUCAGGAGUUCAAGACCAGCCUGGCCAACAUGGCAAAACCCCGUCUCUACUAAAAAUAGAAAAAUUAGCCGGGCAUGGUUGCGGGCGCCUAUAAUCCCAGCUACUCAGGAGGCUGAGGCAGGAGACUCGCUUGAACCCGGGGGGCCAAGGUUGCAGUGAGCCGAGAUUGUGUCACUGCACUCCAGCCUGGGCAGAAGAGUGAGACUCCAUCUCAAAAAAAUAAAAAAUAUAAGUAAAUAGCCUCUGAGAAAGCCUUCCAAAAGCAGAACUAAGCAUUUUGGGUUUGUUCCGCAUCACCUGGAGUCCUAACCCAGUCCCUUUGUCC